AUGGAAACAGAACAGGAGUCUAAAUGGAAUGCAGCACAGAGCAUCUUUAUCAGUGAAGAUCUUUUGACUGCUGAUAAGCUUCAGCUGCAAUUUCUUGCAGUUGUAGACAGAAACCGUUGGCUUUAUCAAGGCCAUACAUUGCAAUGGGCAAUCUAUAGGUACAAUGCAUGUUGGCUUCCAUUGCUUGCUAAACAUUCAGAGUCUAAAAUCACUAAAGGGCCUUUAGUUGUUCCUCUUGAUUGUGAAUGGAUUUGGCAUUAUCAUAGUCUUAAUCCGAUUAGAUACAAAUCAGACUGUGAAGAAUGUAUGUGUGAUGUGUCACAAAUAUCAUUCAAAAUUUUCUAUUCAGGUUCCUAUCAAGCUAUAGUUGUGAGAGCUUUCUACAAUUACAUAUUUCUUAGAUUUCAG